UUAUAAUUAUUAUUUUAUUUCUCAAUUCGAAUAUAGUUUGCAACAGAUGAAAUCUAUUACCUUGCUUUUGUACUUGGCUUAUCUCAUAGAUAUUUUCAGAUAGAUAAAUAUGAAAUCCAUUUUUUUUAUAAUAUAACCGAACGUCGUUUGUUAUUCGAUGAAUUUUCAUAUUUAUAUUGGAGUCAAAAGCUUCAUAAGAUCGAAUCGGUACUGGUUUCAUUGGCUGUUUCAAUUUUCACAUGUGGAAUAUGAAGAGUGUUAAUUAUUUAGUAUUUUUCAUUGUUGAAGUGUACUGGAUUUUGAGUUCAAACUAUGUGCUUACGAAGGAAUUACCUCUGGUUGUGAGGAACUUGAAAUGUCCAAUAAAUAAGGAUUUUGAUGCUUGUGUUAUUGAAAAUGGUAAUAAAGCCAUACCUCUGGUUGCUAAAGGGGACCCUGAGUAUGGUAUUCCCAACAUGGUACCGUUGAAAAUAUCAUUUAUGAAUCUAAUUGAUACUCCAAAUCUUCAUAUAAACCUGAGAAACAUCGAGGUGCAUGGAUUGAAGAAGGUGAAGGUGAUAGAUUACAAGUCUGACUUUGAAAAAAGCUUGUUCUUUCUCUCUAUGAAGGUAGAUAAUAUUACUGUGGUUGGGAAUUAUGAAGCUGAUGGAAAAAUAUCGAUAAUGCCAUUAAAGGGUAAAGGAACAUUCUCGAUGUAUCUGAAAAAUGGGAUAUACAAUGUUCGCAUGUCUACAAAAAUAAUCGAAAAAAAUGGCGACAAAUAUUUCAAAUUGACAGAAUGCAAAAUUGAUUAUAAAUUUGAAAAAAUAGUUUUCCACUUGGAUAACCUAUUUGAGGGUAAUAAGGAACUGGGUGAUCAUGUGAACAAUUUUCUGAAUGAAAAUUGGGAAUACAUAGCAGCUGAUUUCGGACCUGCAAUUGAAAGAGAUAUAUCUAAAAUUGUAAGCGAUAUUUUCAUCCGUAUAACUUCGGUAGUGCCUAUGAAAAACAUUUUUCUGUCUUUCGAGGGAUGAUCACCUUGAUAAAUGAUUCGAAUAUUGUAUUGUAUGCUUUGUGUAUUCUAAAUUGUUCAAUAUUGUAACCUCUUUUUUGGUUCGACCUACAUAUUGCAUAACGAAAUAAGUAUAUAAUUUUGUAGUGAUUAGUCAAUAAAAAUCUCGUUUCAAGAUUCA